CGCAGAGGAGUCCUCCGCGCUCGACCGCGCUCAUAAGAGAAACAGCGUGUGUGGUUCUUGACGUGCCGCGAACCUUCGAACGUAAGUGCGAGACUAUCGUGUGAGGAAACGUUCCAGUGAUUCGCUCUUCCCGCCAUCGCAGUUACCAGCGCGACGUGCUGUUUUUCCCUGGGCUCGAUGCCCUUCACAGGCCUAUCCCAUGGCCCUUGUGUCUGCUGACUCUCGAAUUGCAGAGCUUCUCACAGAGCUCCAUCAGCUGAUCAAGCAAACCCAGGAAGAGCGAUCGAGAAGUGAGCACAACUUGGUGAACAUUCAGAAAACCCACGAGCGAAUGCAGACAGAGAACAAGAUUUCUCCUUAUUACCGGACAAAGCUCCGAGGGCUCUACACAACCGCCAAGGCCGAUGCGGAGGCGGAGUGCAACAUCCUCCGCAAAGCGCUGGAUAAGAUAGCUGAGAUCAAGUCUCUGUUGGAAGAGAGGCGGAUUGCGGCCAAGAUCGCAGGUCUCUACAAUGACUCAGAGCCCCCACGGAAGACCAUGCGCAGAGGGGUGCUGAUGACGCUACUGCAGCAGUCUGCCAUGACCCUGCCCCUCUGGAUCGGGAAGCCUGGUGACAAGCCCCCACCCCUCUGUGGAGCCAUUCCAGCCUCAGGGGACUAUGUGGCCAAACCUGGAGACAAGGUGGCUGCUAGGGUGAAGGCUGUGGAAGGGGAUGAGCAGUGGAUCCUAGCUGAAGUAGUCAGUUACAGCCAUGCUACCAACAAGUAUGAGGUAGACGACAUUGAUGAAGAAGGCAAAGAGAGACAUACCCUGAGCCGACGGCGCAUCAUCCCACUGCCUCAGUGGAAAGCUAACCCUGAGACAGACCCUGAGGCCUUAUUCCAGAAGGAGCAGCUGGUGCUGGCACUAUAUCCCCAGACCACCUGCUUCUACCGUGCCCUGAUCCACACCCCACCACAGAGGCCUCAGGAUGACUACUCAGUCCUGUUUGAAGAUACCUCCUAUGCAGAUGGCUACUCCCCUCCCCUCAAUGUGGCCCAGAGGUACGUGGUGGCUUGUAAGGAGCCCAAGAAAAAGUGAAUCGGGCUGGCAGGCUUGAAUCUGCCCCAGCCAACCUCAUGGGAGAAGGCAACAAAGGAAUUCCUAUGAUCCAAUAAAUACUCUUCCCUCUCA